CGGACCUCUGGAUCUGGCGGUAGAGUCCCGUGGAGGCUUCUGGGAUCAUGAACAACACAAGCUUAUAUUUUCUCAAGGACAAAGUCAUGUGUCCCUUAUGCCUGGAGUUGUUCACGGACCCUGUCACCACAGCCUGCGGGCACAACUUCUGCAUGGACUGCCUGCAGAACUACUGGGACCACCAAGCCAUGAUCGGAGAGAGCCCCUACUGCCCGCAGUGCCAGGAGCCCUUCAGUUCAAGGCCUAGACUCUGCCAAAACAUCAACCUGGGAGAAAUAGCAAAGCUCGUCCAGGAGGUUCCAGCCAUGACCAAGCUUCCCCCAGCGGGUCCCAACAACAUCCCCUGCGAUUUCUGCUCCUCUGGGAAACUCAGGCCCAUCAACACCUGCCUCCAGCGCACACCCUCCUUGUGCGAGACCCACACCCAGCUAUACUACAAAGACAAAGUAUACAGGAGCCACCAGCUGCUGGAGCCCAUCAGUGACCUGAAAGCCAGGCUGUGCCUCAAGCACCACAAGCUGCAGAAACAGACCUGCCGGGCAGAGGGCGGCUUCCUCGGUCGCACCCGCCUCCAGGAGGGGCGCAGGGACCACGAGGCAGUCCCCUUGCAGGGGGAGAGAGCAACGAAGGCGGUGGAAACUGAGCAAAUACAAGUCAACAUGGAAAACCAGAUCAUCAUGAUGGCCUCCGACAAUCACAGACACAAGGGGAGGAUCAUCUACCUCAUGAGAGUGGUCAAGAGUGCACGAGAUGAGGUGAACCAGACCUUUGCAGAGAUUAUCAAGGAACUCAAGAUCAUGCAGGUGAAGGUGCUGGAGUUUUUGGACAAGGAGGAGAGAGCAGCUCUCGUCCAGAUGGGGAACUCCAUUCAGCAGAAUCAAGUGAAGCUGGCCGACCUCUGGAAGCAGAGCCUCUGGAUGACCGGCCUCCUGGAGAAUACAAGUGACCAGCAGUUCGUGCAGGAAUUCCCAAAACUGAAGCAGCUGGGAGCCUGCCCAGAGCCAGUGGUCAGCCUGAAGUGUGAGGAGUCCUCGAGUUUCACAGGCGUCAAGCAGAUGCUGAGUGAUUUGAAGGCCCAGCUAGCAGUGGUUGCUCUCCACUUCGUCAAUAAAAUCCUUAAGACAGGCAUCACCAUGCAGCCCUAUGAGGUGAUACCACCCAAUAUGGACAAGAAGACCCUCCUGAAGUACUAUUGCAACCUGAACUUUGACCCCAACACCGCCAGCGAAGAGCUGCUGUUGUUCAAGGAGACCCACUCAGUGCUGAACAUUGGCAUCAUGCUGGAGUCCUCCUCCGUGCCCUGCCAAGGGUUCAACCACUGGCCACAAGUCUUGUGCACCCAGAGUUUGUGCGGAGGCUGCCACUACUGGGAGGUUGAGGUCUCAGAUUCGUGGCUCUGCUUGGGAGCCACCUACAGCUAUGCGCACAGGACCGGGAAGAACUACAUCUACUUGAUAGGCAGGAACAGCACCUCGUGGUGCUUGGAGUGGGACUCGCUCAAAUUCUCCGUCUGGCACAACAACAUCCAGACAGUGGUGAAGGGCAGCUAUUACCAAACUGUCGGGAUCUUCCUAGACUACGCUGCUGGCUCCCUGACUUUCUACGGGGUCACCAACACCGUGAACCUCAUCUAUCACUUCCUGACCACGUUCACAGAACCACUGUACCCCGCUGCCAUGGUGAGCGGCGGAGGUUCACUUUUCCUGAGGCAGCACCCGAAGUAGGAGCAGAUUUGCUGCCUGGAGCUCACGGGGGCUCUUUGUUGCC